AUGUACCCUCCCCCAUUCCCCUACCCCCUUUCCCUAGGGGAACUCUGGACCAGGAGAACCGGGGACAGCCAUGGACGGAAGUCUCAGCGCUUUGACAUACUGCCUAAAGGUUGUAGGGCAAGAGGGUGUCUCCCCCAAAACGGGCUGACCCUCCUCCAUCCGCAGCGCAUGGACUAUAAUAGGAUGAAUUCCUUCUUGGAAUAUGCACUCUGUAACCGGGGUCCUGGAGCCUACAGCUCCCCUACCUCUUAUCCUCCCUGCUCAAAUUCUCCUGGUGACAGCUAUGGUGGAGAAACUCGCUAUGGAGGGGGUCUCCCCAGCCCUGUCCUCCAGCAGAAUCCAGGCUACCCCACACAGCCUCCAUCAGCAUUGGGGGUCCCCUUCCCCAGCUCUUCACCCUCGGGGUACACUGCACCCACCUGCAGCUCCAGCUAUGGCCCCUCCCAGUAUUACUCUUUGGGCCAGCACGAUGGGGACGGGGGCUAUUUUCAGCAGUCGGGGUAUGGGGGCCAGCUGGGGGGUUUAUCAGAGGGCUAUGGCACAGGAGGUACUGGGACAGGGCCCUAUCCUCCACCUCAGCCCACCUAUGGAACCGAGCAACCUGCGGUCUUUGGGCCACCUUAUGGGGAUCUCUUAUCGGAGGAUAAGGAACCAUCCUGCCCAUCGGAGCUGAACACACCCACCACCCAAACCUUCGAUUGGAUGAAGGUCAAAAGGAACCCUCCAAAGACAGCAAAGGUUUCUGAUAUGGGCCUGGGCCCAGCGGGCGGCAUCCGAACCAACUUCACAACUCGUCAACUGACGGAGUUGGAAAAGGAGUUCCACUUCAACAAAUACCUGAGUCGGGCCAGACGGGUGGAAAUAGCCGCCACACUGGAACUCAAUGAGACACAGGUCAAGAUUUGGUUCCAGAACCGGCGGAUGAAGCAGAAGAAGCGAGAGCGGGAGGGAGGGCUGACCCCUACAGUGCUCACCGGAUCCAGCAAGGAAGCAGUGGGUGAGGCCUCCUCAGACCAGUCGGCUUGCACCUCCCCAGAAGCCUCACCCAACUCAGUCACCUCCUGA